AUGGGAUUCAAUGUUCAAAUACGUCUUGACCUUCCACAAGAACUCUAUGAUCAUAUCAUUUCUUACCUAGAUCGAUGCGAUAUGUAUCAAUUUUGUCUUGUAAGCAAAGCUUGGUAUUCUUUCUGGUCGCCUUAUCUGUAUAGGAAUGUUACAUUAACUGGCUUCAAUAAGCGAUAUGAUCUCGAAACAUACUUUCCACGUCGUUUGGGGCAAUACGUGAAAGAAAUAGAGAUUUCAUGCGCAGGAACCAUAACCUCGGGAACUUAUAGAAACCUAAAAAUACUGACCAAUUAUUGUCCAAACGUUGAAAUCCUCGUGUGUUAUGGCAGCGAUUUACCUAUUGAAUGGUGGUUAAUAUUUCAACAUGUACUGCGCGAGGGCCAUAUGUGGCACAAAAUACGUGAAAUUCCAGAGCCAACGAUUCUCACCAGGGACAUGGAGCUAUACUACCAAUCCGCGGACCUUGUUAGAGACAGUUUACAAUCUAUAUAUCUUGCUGGUCCAGAUGAUAGGUGUGUUGUGGCUCAGGAUGUCAAAAGAUUUGCGACAUAUAAGAAUCUGCGACAGGUUACAGUGCUCGCUCAGAAAGGAUUUACAACAAUUGAAGAUUUUGAAUUGUUAUUCAGGUACACCGACCAUUUGACACACAUGACCAUAGAUUGGACCAAAUCCGUACCUUGUGAAGAAUGGACACAGGCGUGUACAAUAAACGAUAAGCAACCUUCUCAGAACGCUCAGCCAUGUCCUUCAGUGAAACAACUCAUUCUUCAUCUCCAUCCAGAUUGUUGCCUAGACUGUUACUUUCCUCUAUUGGAUUAUUUCUGUACAAAGUUUAUUGGACUCAAAGUAAUAUUUAUUGCAAAUUUCAUAGAAAGCAUUCACUUUUCAUCUCUAAAGACAAAAGCAGAGAUAGUUACAGAAUGUGGUUCAAUAAAGGAUCGAGAUAUCUAG